AUGUUCGGCAAAAUUUCCUUGGAGGAAGCCUAUGAGAUUCCGGAGUUGGCAGACCAGAGUCGUGAUCAGGCGGCUUUGUACAUCGCUCCAUCUGAUCUCGAACGGUACAUGCGCCAGAUCAAGUCCAUCUCCGGGGAGCGUCUGAAGAUUUCCGACGCCCAUGGAAUCGGCUACACAAUCUGCUCCUUGACCGUUCCCGGUAUUCAAGGUAUUACAGACCCAAAGACUGCCGAAAAACAUGCCACAGCCGUCAACGAUUAUAUCCACAAGGAAACCAAGGAUCACCGCGACCGUCUCGGAGCCUUCGCAGCCUUGUCCAUGCAUGAUCCGGUUCAGGCAGGCAAGGAGCUUACGCGCUGCGUGAAAGAUCUUGGUUUUCACGGAGCCUUGCUCAAUGAUGUCCAGCAUGCCGGACCUGAUGGUGAAACCUAUCUUUUUUAUGAUCAACCGGCUUAUGACGCAUUUUGGAAGGUGGUUUGUGAAUUGGAUGUUCCCAUCUACAUUCACCCUGCUGCGCCCAUGGGGAAGUACUACCAGCAGCAAUAUGCCCAGCGGAAGUACCUCGUUGGACCUCCGUUGAGCUUUGCCAAUGGUGUCUCACUUCACCUGUUGGGCCUGAUCACUAAUGGUGUCUUUGAUCGCUUCCCAAAUCUGAACGUCAUCGUUGGCCAUCUUGGCGAACAUAUUCCAUUCGACUUCUGGCGUAUCAAUCAUUGGUUAGAGGAUGUUGAGCGACCUCUCGCUAAGAAGGCUGGCGAUGUGAUGAGUAAGAAGGAUAUUUAUUAUUACUUCAAGAACAAUAUCUAUCUUACUACCAGUGGCCACUUCUCGACACCCACUCUCAAGUAUGUUGCGGAAUACUUAGGACCAGACCGGAUCCUUUUCAGUGUGGAUUACCCCUACGAAACCAUCGAAAACGGCUGCGGAUGGUGGGAUAAAGAUUCUGAAAACAUCAAGAAAGCCUUGGGCGGCACAGAAAAUUAUGCAAAAGUUGGACGCGAAAAUGCUAAGAAGCUUUUCAAGUUGGGCAAGUACCAUGAUUCGGAGGCACCAGUCUCGUGA